AUGCUGGAGGAAAAGAAGGCCCCACAGCAAAGCUCGGCGGACACAGGUCCCCUGAUCGUGUCAAAGACCAACGACAGGACCCGGAACAUGGCUGCAGGUAAAACCAACAACAACAUCGCAAACAACAACAACAACAGCAUCGACGCUGCACGACGAAACCGGAUCCCCAAUCCCGGAAGUGUUCUCUGGUUUCCGGUUGUGUAUUUCCUUGUUGUCAUCGGCCUGAGGAAGAGUUUCAAACGCACUGAAACUGAGAAACUCGACGCAAACCACGGAAGCUUUGCAUUGCUAUUGGAGCAUGGUGCCAUAUCUCCUGCUCCAGUGCCUAUAACAAGCCCCCGACUAGGAGGGUUCGCAGGGAGCUCGAUCCUGAUUGGACAGCAAGCUGCAACCUUGCAGCUAGCUCACCUGAGAGCCCAGCUUGCACUGACGCAGAUAAACAAUGCUCUCACAAUUGGUAGUCAAGCUGCAAACUUGACAGCCAGUUCCAACGUCCCUACAUCCUACAUCCCCCCAACCCCUCCCUCCCCAACUGCUGCAGCCAUCAGUCUCCUCAACCUUCUGAAGAUUGCAAACACCAUGUCUCAUCCCUUUUAUAACCCGUAUGUCCCUGGCAACCAAAGUUCCACCCAGGGGUCAUAUGGACUCCCCAGUGUGCAGGCAGAGAGGAACCCUCGGACUGGAUCUCCUCAUUUUGGACCUGGGUCCAGCUCUUCUGCAGCUUCUUCUGCUCCUCCUGGUGGAAUGAUCCCAUCACUGCUGACUCAGUCAUUGAGCUACAGGCCCGAACAGGGUCGGGCCAAAUUCGACACAGACAUUGAGAGGUCUGUGGACCUGCAUAUUAGCAGAGCCAGAGAUGAGGUGACAUUUGUUGGUAAACCAGAGCAUCGGCCCAUGGGCCAGAGCAAUCGCUUUACCAACACUCAGGAGAUUCUGUCCUCGGGCACAGGGACAACCUCCUAUAUGAUGUCCACAACAUCUGCAUCUGCCGGACACAGAUACCCCGAUGUUGAAAGUGGCGGUGGCUCCUCGGACUGGUUGCCAUGCUACACAAGAUCAAUCGCAGAUGAUUCUUCUACAUUUUCUUCACCAGCAGCUUCAACUAACUACACAAGCAGCGGGGGACAGCGUGAUGCACCGGCCGCUCCAGGAUUAGGUGAUUUCGACUAUCGUUUGUCGGAGAAACCUGGAGCUCCCACCGAGACAAGUCGCCCCAAGUACAAUACUGAAGCUGCUACUGACAUCCUUUUGCAGUUUGGACUUGAAAAAAAGGAUUUGGACUAUCUCAUCUCGUACCCUGAAGAGCAGAUGACCCCUGACAACCUUCCAUUCAUCUUGCGCCAAAUCCGCACUCAGAAGGACGAGAGAGCUGAGAGAGCUGCAAUCCAGCCAAAACCCUAUCCUCAACCUCAACCCAUCAGAGGUGUGAGUGGAAUGGAUGGUUUUCUUGGUUCUGGGGGGUCAUCAGCUGUUCUCCAGCCCACUACAGUGAUUGACUAUGGACAUACUGGCAAUUAUGCUGGAGGCGCUUUGGAUGAGAUUGGAAGGCCCAGUGGUGGGAGUGGCAACAUGUUGUUGGUGAACACUAACAAUAUUAGCAGCCACAAUCAAGAACCACCGCAAAAAGAUCCAGCAGUGAAGAGCAGCUCCCUUGGUUCUUCAUUCGGCCAAGGUGGCGCUGUUUCCGACUCUUCAUACAUUUCAAUACUGAGCACUGAUCCAGCAAAGACUCAACCGAACCAGAGUUAUCAAUCAAUCCUCAGCUCUGCUUAUCUGUCAAGAAAAGACAAAGAAGGAGGCUUCAGACAUGAGGCGUCCUCCAAGGCCGGUCCUCUGAAGAAAACACCGGCAGAUCACAAGUCUGCAUCAAAAACCCAACCAUCUUCCAGUCUCUUCCGGAGUGUGCAUCCUAACCGACCUGAUCUUGUGGUCAUUGGUACCAGUGAGGCCAGUGGCACCAAGAAUCAGAGCGCAACUCAAGGAAAAGGUUCCAUGGUUGCGAAGCAGAUGUUCAAACAGCAGACACAGCAGCAACCUCUGCAGAUGCCAAAGAAGCAGGUGCCGAAACAGCCGGUCACGCACAUGGGGAAAGCGUUGUGGCCUCCGGUUGUUUCUGCUACGCAACCUGCUUCUCUCCUCGCCCUCCCCACAUAUCCUGAUCGAACUGUGCCACCUCCAGGGUUCAGCCCUCACCCCACCAGUACUCCUUCCGCUUCACUUCAACAAGCCAGAGGUCCGAAGACCUUCCUUCAGUCGCCCACCGAGCAUCAAGCAAAGUUGCCAGACACCAAUCCUCUGCCAACACCGGCCAUGAUGCAUGACUAUGCAGCCGCCACACCGAGGGUCUUUCCACAUACCUGUUCUCUGUGUUUGAAAGAAUUCACUAACAUGAAGGAUUGGAUCUCCCACCAGAACACCAGCCUUCACCUGGAGAGCUGCAGAGUCCUCCGGACAAAAUACCCACUCUGGAAUGGAGAAGUUUUGCUCGAGCCCAGUGCUGCAAGGAGAGAUGCCAAACCCUCGUCCUCAGCUUCUGCGCAGACUUCCCAUCUGCGUCAUACGAAAACCAGUCAUGGAGGCCGCUCCCGUUCCCACUCUGAAGGAAGAAGAGAGAAACGCAGCCGAUCUCUAUCGUCACACAGCCCCAGAUACUCUCGUUCCCGAUCUCGGUCCCGAUCUCCACGUUACGACCAUGAUUGGUCAUGUUCAAGGAGCCUCGAGACACAGAGGAGAAGAGAAGGCGGAUGGUCAUCUCCAACAAGGAGCCUGGAAAGACGAUCACCGAUGCCAAGGAGGAGUGAAGAGAGAUGGUUGUCUCCAAGAAGAAGCCGCGAGAGACUCUCAUCACCGGGGAGGAGAGGCGACAGAUGGCCCUCGCCCGAGUGGAGUGAAGAGAGAUGGUCAUCGCCAAGAAGAAGCCGUGAAAGACUUUCUUCACCAAGGAGGGGCGAGGAGAGAUGGUUGUCUCCGAAGAGAAGAGACGACUUAUGGUACUCGAGAAGACCAUCGUCCUCAGAGGGUUCCCCUCAGCGGCGGCUGAGCAGUGCCGGCAGACUGUCCAAGAAACAAACUGAUGUCCAGUCUCUGACAUCUCUACCUCCUGCCUUGCUCAACGAGCUAGGCAAGAAGGCCAAAGGAGGGAAACGCCUGAACCUUAUUCCCUCUGCUGUGAGAAAGAGCCCAGGCUCUGCUGCUUCCCUGGCAGCGAAGAAGAAGACGAUGGUGACGACAUCGCUGCAGAAGAGCGACGUGAGCGCUUCCCCAAAACCUAAGGUGUUCAAACCUGCACCUCCAACCAUGGUGAGGUUAGAGGGCGUAGUGAGCGGCCUCUCUCACAGUGACGUGGUCGCUGCGGCGGAGCAGUUCGGAAAAACCAAAUCAGUCGUGUUGUUUCGGAAGAAACUGGAGGCACUGGUGUGUUUCGAGAAAGAAGAGGAUGCCAAGAAACUGAAGAGCUUAAAGAGCCUCGACUUGAGAGGAAUCCCAGUCUAUGUUGCCACACAGAAGAUUCUUCAGCAAAAGAAGAAUCCGGUGAAGAAACCUGUUUUGUCAGGUGUCUCCACAUCUCAAACCACUAAAACCACAAAAACCACAACUUCCUCCAGAACGGUUUUGCUCCCGACGUCUUCCAAAGCACCACAGAAUUCCUCUGGAGCCAAAACAAAAGAAAAACAACAAGCUCCUGCUUCUGCCUCUAAAGCCGUCGGCAGUGAUUCAGCCUCAAGCCAAGAGCUGCUGACCAUCGGGGACACGAUCAUAAAGCAGCUGAAUCAGAACAAAAUCAAGUGCGUUGGUAAGAAGAUCUGCCAACAGAAGCAGUUUUUGGAAUCUGACAAAAGGCAUUUGGUGAUAUCCCAACUGCCGAAGUACGAAGAUGGCUGCUACACCGAGGAAGACAUCGCCAACGUCUUACUCCCAUACGGAUUUAUCUACAAACGCGAAAAGAUCUUUGUUUUUCCGGAGGCCUGCAUGGCCUUUGUUGUGAUGCCGACAGUGAAGGAUGCGCACGAAAUAAUGAAACUCAUGGUUUGGAACAGCAUCAUGUUCAAAGGCUCUCGUCUGCUGCCGCACGUGCUGCACGACAAUGUGUUGAAGUCGCCGCUGACGUUCUACACAUACGUGAUGAGCCUGUUCCUGACGCAGUCAGAGGAGGAUCGGGGAGAGAGGAUCAUCUACAUCGAGGACAUCUCACCGAGCGAAGCCCGAGGCCUCAGGGAGGUUUUGAGAAAAAUCGGUUGUGUCACAAACUUCAUGCCUCUGCUCAACAAGGUUUUUGUUGAAUUUGACUCAAGUUGUGAUGCUGAUCGAAUUGGAGUUUGGCACAGCCUCCUGAAUGAUGCCCCUGGCUACAAAGUUUUCAGACUGAAACCAACAGACGAACAUUCUGAAGCUCUGUCACCAAGGCUUCCUGCGAACGCUCUGCCGGACAGCAAGGAUGUUGUUCCCGGAGCGACUAUCCCAACGGUAAAAUUUGGCGUCCCACAGGGCAGCAUUGGACCGUUUUGGCUCACUAUGGCUACGAGUCCAUUUCUGUUCCCCACCGUGUCUCCUUGGUUCAUCAUCCCAGAACAUCUGACCAUCACAGGAGAGGUCGACAUCGAGAAGGUCAACAGCCAAGGUUCCAUGUUCCCCACACUCAUGUUGACCGGUUUACCAGAAGGAGACUACAGUCAGGAGGACGUGGCCAGGCUGGUCUUGCCUUAUUUCCCCAAACAAACACUCGACUCUCUGUACUACAACGUGGUCGUGCUGACUCUGCAGAGGAGGGCCUUCGUGCAUUUCAGCGAUUGGUCAUCGUGCUGUGAUUUUGUCAGGUAUCACAUCAGGGAGCCUGUUUCGGUCCAAGGCUGCGUUCUCAAGAUCCACUUUGUCCUGGAGUACAUGUAUCCUGAGUCAAGAGAGGAGCUCAUGUACAAAUCCAUGAUGAAAUGGAGCAACUCUCGUGUUCCAGAUCCCCAGUCUCUGGAGGAGCGGCUGCUCUGUGUGGUUGUCUCUAAGACCAGUGUCCACAUCAUCAAGACCGUCAUGUACACGCUGGCGUCCAUUGCUAAAUUUGUCAGCUUCCUGCCGCUCGCCAACAGGAUCUGUGUGGAGAUGGCUGACUCCACUGGUGCAGCUCAGGUUCUGGAGAAGUACAUGUUUCUUACACCAAAAGCUCAAUGUGAGCGUCUGAUGUUUCAAAAGGUCACAGGCAUUCGGUCUCUGAAGAGCUCAAAGAAGCAUGUUGAAGCCUCUGCUGAACCAGCCGGUGAUGUCCCGAUGGAGGAUGUUGAGAAACUAGGAGCAGAGAUGGCCGCAGAUGCCCCUAAGGCAGAUGAGGAUGUAAAUGCUGCUGAUGGAGACACUGUCGCAGCUGCUUCCUGUCCCACAUUCUCCGCCACAAGUCUGCCCAAAUCUAAGGAGACCACCACAGAACAUCCUCCGAUUGACCAGGACGCCAUCACCGCCGUGCUGGCAGCGGUUCGCCAGCACAGACUCGCCCAAGAAAGGACACAGAGAGGAGAGACAGAGAGUUCUCUGCGAUCACAGAGUCAGGAUGAAGUUACAGACGUCGUUCUCACUUCAGAUGAUCAACCUUUAAACCUGAGGGACUUUGUCACUGUUGAUGAAGUUGGUGAUGAUGUGGAAGAAACAAAUCCAGCCCAUGAAGCUUCAAGGAGCCAACGAGAUGCAAAGAAGAGAAAACCUAGCAACAAACCCAUUAAGGCUACUGAACAAGAAACCUCUGAGAUAUUAAUAAGUGACAAUCAGACGAUAAUGGACCAAAACACUGAAUCACAGAGUGAUCAGAUGUCUACAGACAUUUCAAGUAGAGAAGAAGAGGAGGAUUCCUCUAAGGUAGUGGAUUCUGUUUCAGAUCAGCCAACAACUACUGAGUCUGAGUCUGACAACAAGAAACCUGACGCGACUUCUAGAAGAGAUGAUAGAUCCUCAAAGAGGAGUGGCCUGAGGACCAGAGCAUCCAAAAGUGAAGAGAAGGUCAAAUCAACAGAGAAACAGGACAGGGUGGUGAAAAGAUCAGAAGCACCACAAGACUCCACUGCAAGACUUCCUCAAAGAGACCAAGACCCUGAAGAGGAGAAGGUGUCUGAGAUGGUCCAUUCCACUGAAGAACUGAUUCAAGAAGCGGCCGCCACAGAAAGAACUGAUAGAAGAAGGAGUGGAAGAGGAAAGAAAGAGGAGAAAAUGACUCUGAAUCUCACUGAAGCAUCUGAAAAACCAGAUGAAGAGGAGGAAGCUUCGUAUGAAAUCUUAGACUCUGUGGAGGACGAGACUGUGACUGAGGAACCGGUCGUUAUGACGAGAUCCACCAGAGGAAGAAGGGGAAGGACGACUCAGAAAGACCAAACUAAAAAAGAGGACACACCGACAAGAAGUCGACGCACUCCUGUCAGAGAGUCACAGGAAAAAACUCCAAAGAUGGAGAAGGAAGAAUCUUCGAAGGAAAACUCACCAACAAAGAAGAAAGACAUUACUGUAAGAGAGGAAAUAGAUGAGGAAGCCACCUAUGAAAUAUUAGACUCUGUGAAGGACGAGGUUCUUCAGGAGGACCGGCCCCCUACAGGAGGGAAAAGGAAGAGGGGAAGACCAAAGAAAGCUGUUAAAUCAACUAGAAAAAAACCUGUAACACUGAAGGGCGACAAAGAGGCUGAUGAUGAAGAAGCUGAUGAUGAAAAGGUGCCAUCUAUGAUUCUGGAUUCUGUGGAGGAUGAGAUGGUUGAAGAUCAACCUCCCACAGAAGAGUCCCUCAAAGUCAAGGAGGAGGAGCCUGUGCAUCAGAUUGUAGAUUUUCUGGAAGAUGAUCAGGUUCAGGAAGAGUUGAUGACCACUGAGGAGUCAAAAGAUGAAACUUUUCCAAAAGAGGAGAAAGCAACUGUUCAAGAAGAUGCAUCAACAUGUAGGAUCAUUGUUUUGGAAGCAUCAGAAAAAGUGGUCGCAGAGGAUUUAGAAAGUGGAAAUGAUCCAUCUGCUGCAGAAGAGUCUGGUGUGGACAAGAAGGAAAGGUCCCUCAGAACAGACAUCAAGGAAGAAGAUACAUCUACAACCAAGUCCCAAGGAGAUGCUGCAACUCCAGCAGAAGACAAGAACCAACAAUCGUCCAGUGAAAGUGACUCAAUAGCUGUGAAGAGUGCUCUGCUGAACCUGGAUGAAGUGAGGGAUGAAAAGGAUGAUUACCCUGAAGACGCGGCCGAGGAGGAAGGAUUGAGAGAGAGGCAAGCUGCUGCCAAGGAGCAAGAGAGGAACACCAGGGAGACAGAUGGGAGGGAGCAGGAGGUCGUGGACUCCACGGAGCUGGUGACUCUGGAUGAGGUGGGAGCAGAUGAGGCUGGAGAGGAAGCUGUUGAGCUCAGGGCCGGAGACCUGCAGGGGCUGGUCACUCUGGAUGAAAUCAUAGACGCAGACAAGGGAGAAGUUGAGAAAAGCACGUUGGAGCCCCGCCCCCCCAUCAAAGAGGACCACGCAGUGGAGACUUUGGAUGAAGCAGGUGACGAUGAGGAGGGGAACACAGACGAAGCUGAGAAAACAACAAGAUCUGUUAAACGCAGAAUCAAUGACGACACAGAGGAGGGAAAGACGUUGGUGAAGGUGGACGAGGUUGAAGAGGAGGAAAAAAAGGAAGCUCCCAGAACAAGAGGCCGACCCAAGAAGAGAAGCAGAAAGACGCCUGUGAGAAAAUCUGCGAGAGGAAAGAAAGUGGUUGAACAAGCGGAAUCCGGCUCUGAUGCUCCACCGCCCACUUCUCUGGACGCCUCGUCGUCAUUGGACAAAGAUCAGUCCAUGUUAUCAAGUGACAGCCAGCAAGAGAUCCAGAAGGCAUCGAUAGAAGGAGCCGGCCAUUCCGACAUCGAUGCUGCCUCUGCUGGGCAGGACCUGCAGCCUGAGGCCCCUGAGAACCAGAGGCUGGAAGGAGAGGAGGCGAUAGAGGCUUCUUCAGGUCCCAGCAAAAGGAAGAGGGAGCCUGUCGGACCUGAGGCAAAGAGAUCUCGUUCUCUGUCUCCUUCCGUGUCCACCGACAUCAAACUGCCACCGUUCAGUCCCAGCAACCCCCUCGGUCCGGAGUUUCUGGUCCCCAAACUGGGUUACUUCUGUAAUCUGUGCCACGUUUUCUGCGUGCACGAGAGCAGCGCCAGGGACACGCACUGCAGCAGCCAGACACACUACGACAAUCUGCAGAAACACUACGAGAAGCUCCAACCUGAACCUUCGAAAGGGUCCACGGAAAAUUCUCAAGCUUCCUCUUCUGAUUGAUCCAGACUCCAGCUGCUGGUCUUCUUUAAUAAAGUUGGUCCCCAGAAGAGACUUUUUGAGUUCUAGGGAAACUGGAACUUUCUUCAAAAUCUUUCUUUUCACAUUGUUUCAGAUGGUCAGAGGUUUUUCCCUGGCGCUCUUUUAAUUUACAUGAAGCUGUUGCAUCAUUUAACGGCAACUGACAACAGAAUUGGCGCCAACCAGCUGUUGAUAUUUACAUCUGUGAUGAAUGUAAAUGCCUAUUGACUUACAUGUUACAUUGCUUUUCUGUUUUGUAAACAUGAUUAAAGUUUUGUCCUGUUAA